AACACACACAUACACACUUUUCCAGGGAUGAUGAUGUGCUCUCGCUUGCGUCCCUCACUCCCUCGCCUCUUGCCGCUGAGGCUGAUGGGUACUGGGACCUCCAAGACGGUGGCAGUCAAGCAGCCCGACCUUCUUUCAGCGUCUCUGGCCUUUGAGGAUCCCAGUGCCUUCAGGGUGAAGAGUUUGGGUGAGCUGCUCCGUGCUCUGGGCAUCUUCCGCCUCUGCUCCUUCCCUGUGCUUGUCAACAACAGCGGGAAGCUGAUGUCGGUAGCACGCACACUCCUGGGCAGAAGGGGGUUUUCCUUGCUGCUGCGGCCCACCGUCUAUGCCCAGUUUGUGGCUGGAGAGAAUGAGAGUGAGAUUUCUCAGUCCAUGGAGAAGCUGAGCAUGCUGGGACUGAGGCCAAUGCUGGCCGUACCAAUCGAGGAGGAUCUGGGAGAGAGCACGGGAGAGAAGAGAUAUGACAACAACAUGGAGGCCAUGUUGGAAUGUGUGCAAAUAUCCCACAGCAAGGCCUGGAGCAAAGAACAAAAAAACCAAAAAAAAAACCCCCCCCCCCCCCCCCCCGGUGUGAAACUCACGACCCUCAUGGCAGAGCAACCAUAUGACCUGAAUCUUCUUGUCAGAGCUAUGGAUGGAGAGUCAAUCAACUUCCCUGGUUUAGAUGACAGGGAAGUUGCCCAUUUCCUCUGUGGCCUGCAGAGACUCAACAAAAUAGCAGAGGCAAGUGUAAACAAAGUCAGAGUCCUGGUUGAUGCAGAGUACACCUACAUGAACCCCGCCCUCUCUCUUGUCACCAUGGCGAUGAUGAAGAAGUUUAACAAAGAUGGCACGUGGAUUUGGAACACAUAUCAGUGUUACCUAAAGGAGUCCAGGUCUCUCCUGUUAGAAGCUCUGCACCUGUCCAACAAUGAGGGUUUCUGUCUGGGGGUCAAGCUGGUACGAGGAGCCUACAUGGACAAAGAGAGGAAGUUGGCAGAGAAAGAGGGUCGUCAGGACCCGGUCCACCAGUGCUGGGAGGACACCAAUGACAGUUAUAACAGCUCGCUGGAUGUGAUGCUGGAAGCCAUUUCCCAGAAACCCGAGCGCUACAGGAUCAUAGUCGCCACUCAUAACGAGGAGUCAGUGAGACGAGCCGCCAAACGGAUGGAAGAGUUGGGGAUAGACAAUGAUGGAGGCUCAGUAUGUUUCGGCCAGCUGCUGGGCAUGUGUGAUCAUGUCUCCCUUACACUGGCUAAGGAGGGUUAUGUUGUAUACAAGUCAGUGCCAUACGGCUCAGUGGACGACACGCUCCCAUACCUUGUGCGUAGGGCUCAGGAGAACCGCACCGUGUUGCAGGGAAUCCGUAAAGAGAGGGACCUACUGAGGCAAGAGCUCUACAGGAGACUGAGUCUGAGGAGAGGCAGCUAAUAGGCCACCGGCACAGAGGGGAAAUAGAGAAGAGGCAUUGGUGCUGAACCACUGGACACAUUCAUGUUAAGGUUCCCAAUCAGGGAACGAUGGAGCAAUAAGAAAGCAACAUGGAAACACAGUUGGCCAUUUGAAUAAAAGGAUGUAAAAAUCCAUGCCCACUCACCUAUUUCUUAAGUUGUUAUGAAAGCCAUAACCUACUGUAUGCCGAUGAAGAAUUAGUGAAUUUAAAUUAAACAUGACAACUUGCAAUAGUUGUAAUCAAAAUGACUGUGUAUGGUUCAACUGAACACUUAAUGAUUUAAUGAAAAAUGAGAACAAUAAGAGCAACAAUGUUAAGUUUGAUGGAUAAUUUGUUCAAAUACUAAUAUCGCUGCUGUACUUUAAAACUGUCAAGGUUUCAUAGUACUAAACUACAUAUAUGUAUGUAUGUAAUACUUAUUUUCAUUUUGACUGCUGGUAAAGUAACAGACCUCUUAACUUCUGGUAAAAGCACUAAAAAUAUGGGGAAACUUAAUUGACUGAUCACCUACAUUUUACAAAACUAUGUCUAAAAUGUAACAUGUUAGAAAUUGCUCUUAAAAUCGUAGAAACAGACAUUAAAACCUUACAUUUACCAUUUAGGUUUUCUGCUGUCAAACUCCUCUGUAGCACAAAGUCAAUUAUCCAUGUAAUAAACAUGUCGGCAAACAACAAAAGCUGCUUUUUCACAGUGUUGAAGCAACAAAUAAUUAGGAACAAGAGAAUAUGACAGUGAAGGUAACUCAGUAAUCAAGUCUAAUAUUUGCUUAGUCUUUGCCAGAGUCUGACUGGCUGAUCUGACCUAGGAAUAUCACUAUCACAAAAACAUAACUAGUAAAGUAAAAGCCAUUUCAAACAAGAGAUAAUCCAAAGCAUUCUGGGUUCCAAGUAUGAUAAACAGUCUGUAAUAUUACAAGGCUCACGCAAACACAUUUUGGGUGAAAGCCUUUAACUGGGUGUUGGCAGCAUUGAGAGAAUCAGUUAUUACCAUGUGUAGUUUUAUAAUGUCUGGCUAUGGAAUAUUCCUCAUUGCCAACUCUUAUAGUAUAUUUAUGUUAAGGAAUUGGAUAGGUUUUCACAUUUUGUUCAUUAAGCAAAAGCGGUUUUCUCUUGAAUCGCCUAAAAAUCUCUUCCUUUAAAUCAGCUUCAUUGUUUUGAAAAAUAUUAUCCUGACAUCAAGAAUCAGGAUGUGAUCCCAGGGAGCAGCUCCUGAGUUUCUAACAUGUAGAAAACCAGAUAUGUUAAGGUUAUGGAAGAAGACCCAUGUCAGAAGGACACCUUUCUGUUCUCUGCUACUUGAUUUUCAGCGUUUACAUUAUCUGAUUUUGUUUCAUGCUUUGAUUUAGCCUGAAUUGAAUUUAUAUUAAAACAAAUAAAACAAGAAGACAACAUAAAACAUGCAGUUUCAUUGUUGUUUAUUUGAGAAGUGGGUCAACAAUACUUGACAUGUCUGUCACCCGACUGUACUGCCACAAGCCAGCAACACUGUAAUGCCGUUUAUACAAAUUUUCAAUUGG